GCAUGGCCGUCCAGGAGUGACUGUGUCUAUACGGCAUGCUGGUGCGAGGAGAACGUGUGGUGGCUUGCGCAGCAGCUGGUGGCACAGCUGCCGGCCUGGCGCCUGGCCAUUAUCUUCAUUUCGAACUCGCAUAAAAUGGUGCCUGUGUGGUACCAAAGAGCCGGCCUUGGAAAAGUUGUGUGCUGGGACUAUCAUGUGCUGCUGGUGGCACAGCAGGAGGGCGGAGAGGCGCUCGUUUUUGAUCUGGACACCACGCUGCCGUUCCCCUGCUCCCUGGCCGAUUACCGGCGACACGCGCUGCUGGGGGCAGCGAACCUGCCGCAGCACUACCGCCGGUUUUAUCGUGUUGUGCCGGGGGCUCUUUUCGUGCGGCACUUUGCAUCAGACAGAUCUCACAUGCGGGACGAGGCUGGCGCCUGGCUGCACACCCCUCCGCCAUACCCUUGC